GCAGGAGGAGGAACUAGUUUGGUGGCAACUUUUAGCUUUCACUUGGGAGUGGAGACAUGGAGAGAAUAAAUGUGCCCCCUGCGGGCCCCGCGGACCUGCCGCUAUCCCUGCUGGAGAUGGGAUGCUCCGGCAGGUUUGAGCUCAUCACACACCCCUUGACUGACCAGCCUUUACCCCCGCAGAGCACGCUCCCUCAUGGACUUCCUCCCACCAGCCUGAGCCUGGAGACCGAAGUGGAGAAACAAUUUUUACGGGACGCCGCCUGGCUUCCAAUACACGACACAGACUUUGCCUUCCAGAAAUUUCUUAAGGUGACUCAGAGAGAAGUUAACGUCGACUCUCUGAUCAACUGCUCUCCGUCCGCUCUUCACUCCGGUCUCUCUGUUGUCAGAGAUCCGACCACAGGCAUGCUGCUGGACUUCACAGAGGUGUUACUGGAGAACACCGGCCUCUCAGCGAAGAACUCUCUGUCAUUACAACGUCAGCCUGGACCUCCUUCUGAGAGCCUCAGAGGAAGCAACACCAACUUCCCCUUCCUCCCCGGAGGAAUGGAAGAGCUGAAUCUGGAUCAAAUCAUGAAGAAAUCUGAGCUGGAGGAGGACAUAGACUUUGAGAAAGAUUUACUCAGAGUCGCACCUGGACUCAAAGCUGGGAUGGACUUCACGGACAAAGAUGCCAAGGUUGCAAAGGCGGAGGUCAACCUCAUGUCCCUGCUGUCGACCCUGGAUGACAUCACUGAUCUGCAGCCUGAAGCUGCGGAGAAAGAGGAAGGCAAAGGAAGCGCAGAAGCUCCAAAACUACCCAGAACAAACAGCCUGGAGGACCUGGGAAUCAAGGAUGUUGUGUCAUCCUCGACUCCCUCUGAGAAAGGAAAAAAUGAGAAAUCAAAGCCGAAAGAAAACCCAGAGGAAAGCAAGAAAUGGGCCAUCCCCGUCAACAUAACUUCACCCUGCGAUGAUUUCUAUAAACGCGUCCCAAACCCGGCUUUCAAGUGGCCGUUUGAGCUGGACGUCUUCCAGAAACAGGCUGUGCUGCGGCUGGAGGCUCACGACUCCGUGUUUGUCGCCGCACACACAUCAGCUGGCAAAACAGUGGUGGCCGAAUACGCCAUCGCCCUCUCACAGAAACACAUGACAAGGACCAUCUACACAUCUCCUAUCAAAGCUUUGUCCAAUCAGAAGUUCAGAGACUUUAAAAACACUUUUGGAGACGUCGGACUGCUGACGGGGGACGUCCAGAUCAGCCCCGAAUCUUCAUGUCUCAUCAUGACCACUGAGAUCCUCCGGUCAAUGCUCUACAACGGCUCUGAGGUCAUCAGAGACUUGGAGUGGGUGAUCUUUGACGAGGUUCACUACAUCAACGACGCUGAGAGAGGGGUGGUGUGGGAGGAGGUUUUGAUCAUGCUCCCCGAUCACGUCAGCAUCAUUCUCCUGAGCGCCACGGUGCCAAACGCUCUGGAGUUUAGCGAGUGGAUCGGCCGUAUAAAGAAGAAGCACAUUUACGUGAUCAGCACCAUGAAGAGACCCGUUCCUCUGGAGCAUUACCUGUACACAGGAAACAGCACCAAGACUCAGAAAGAGUUGUUCCUGCUGAUCGAUGCUGCAGGAAACUUCCUCACGAAAGGGUACUACGCAGCAGUCGAUGCCAAGAAGGAGCGCACCAGCAAACACGCCCAGUCAUUCGGCACGAAAGGCACUUCUCACAACACCACAGCCAGCCAGGAUCGGUCGGUGUGGCUCACUCUCCUGCACUACCUGUCCCAGCGGCAGCAGACGCCGGUGGUUGCGUUCACCUUCUCCCGGACACGCUGUGACGACAACGCCCGCUCGCUGGACUCCAUGGACAUGACCACCUCCGUAGAGAAGGCCGAGAUCCACUCGUUCUUCCAGAAGAGCCUCAGUCGCCUCCGGGGAGGAGACCGGCAGCUGCCGCAGAUCUUGGUCAUGAGGGACCUGUUGAAGAGGGGAAUAGCCGUCCAUCACAGUGGCAUCCUGCCGAUACUGAAGGAGGUCAUCGAGAUGCUUUUCUCUCGAGGUCUCGUGAAGGUGCUGUUUGCCACCGAGACGUUUGCGAUGGGAGUGAACAUGCCGGCCAGGACCGUAGUGUUCGACAGCAUCAGGAAACACGACGGGACCGGCUUCAGAAACCUGCUGCCAGGCGAGUAUAUUCAGAUGGCGGGACGAGCAGGCCGCAGAGGACUGGACGCCACCGGCACUGUCAUCAUUCUGUGUAAAGCUGGAGUUCACGAGAUGGCAGAUCUGCACGUCAUGAUGCUGGGUAAACCGACCACCCUCCAGUCUCAGUUCAGACUGACGUACACGAUGAUCCUCAACCUGCUGCGAGUCGAAGCUCUGCGUGUGACCGACAUGAUGAGGAGGAGCUUCUCUGAGAGCCACAGGGACACUCAGGCUCAUGAGAAGAGGAUCAGCCACCUGAAGCAGUCGUUGUCGUCUCUGCCUGUUCUUGACACAGACGGCCAGCUGUCCGACCUGUUGCCUUACUACCACACUGUAACGGAGCUACGAACAACCACAGAGGCCCUCCAGCGUGCUGUUCUGGAGUCGGUCAACGGGCUGAAAGCGCUGUCUGUGGGUCGAGUCGUGGUGGUGAACAACAAGCAGCAUCUCAACGCGCUGGGAGUUAUUUUACAGGUGUCCAACGACUCUGUGAAUCGCACCUUCACAGCUCUUAUCAUCUGUGAGAAAGGCAACGAGGAAGUAGAAGGGAAAGGAAACAACAACAACGAUGCGUUUCCUCACCUCUACAACACGGCGCUCUUCAUACCCGAAGGCCCUUGCAGCCACACAGUGCAGAAGUUGAAGCUUCAGGAUGUUUCAGCCAUCACAGUGAAAACCCUCAAAGUGAUUCCAGAUAGAAUCAUUGACAACUACAACAAGAGGCAACAGCCACGAUUCAGACUCGACCCUCCCGGCCAAGCCAUCUCCACGGCAACUCAGGAGCUCCUGCGAUUGGCCGAGGCCAACCCCAGUGGCAUGGCGAGCCUCGACCCCGUGAACGACCUGCAGCUGAAGAGCGUCGACGUGGUGGAGGGCUCCAUGCGGCUGCGUGUGCUGCAGGAGAGCCUCAGGGAGUUCAACUGCAUCCACUCGCCCACGUUCGCAGAGCAGUUUGUGCGGGUUAAGGAGAGGAUGAGUGUGCAGGAGGAGCUGGACAUGCUGCUGUUCCUGGUGUCGGACCAGUCUCUGUCUCUGCUGCCUGAAUACCACCAGAGGAUCAAGGUGCUUCAGUCCCUCCAGUACGUGGACAGCAGCGGGGCGGUGCAGCUGAAAGGCCGCGUGGCCUGUCAGAUCAGCAGCCACGAGCUGCUGCUCACCGAGCUGCUGUUCGAGAACGUCCUGAGCCCGCUGGCGCCCGAGGAGAGCGCCGCCCUGCUGUCCUGUCUGGUGUUCCAGCAGAACACGCAGGUGGAGCCGCACAUCACCAACACGCUGCAGGAGGGCAUCGACCGGGUUCUGUCAGUGGCCAAGCGCAUCGGAGAGCUGCAGAGGGAUUGUGGGAUACCACAGACAGCGGAGGAGUUUGUCGGACAGUUCAAGUUUGGCCUGACGGAGGUGGUUUACUGCUGGGCCAGAGGCAUGCCGUUUGCAGAGAUCGCCCUGCUGACAGACGUGCAGGAGGGCACGGUGGUGCGCUGCAUCCAGCGCCUGGACGAGGUGCUGAAGGAGGUGCGACAGGCCGCCCGCAUCGUGGGAGACUCCGUCCUCGGGAGCAAGAUGGAGAAGGCCUCGCUGGCCAUCCGCAGGGACAUCGUCUUCACCGCCUCCCUGUACACCCACUGAGAGGAGGAGAGCGAGAGAGAGUGUCUCUUUGUGUGAAAGGUGUGAGAAAGACGGAGCUCCAUGUGGGCGAGGUAAAGAGAAGUGAACACGUGCUGUAUGUGCCUACAAAACACGUUGAUGUUUACAUGAUUUUAACCAACAGACCAAAGUACAGACUGUGGGAGUGAACAUGAAAUCUGCCUUGUAAUUUAUUGUACAGUAAUAAAAAAAUCUGUAUUCAA